AGUAGAUCGUCAUGCUUGAUUUAAGUAACGAGGUCCUCCCUCUGGGGCCAAACCUAGGUUGUUUCUUUUCACUCCUCUUUAGACGACUCGUCCUGUGUAUACGUUCUUUUCUUUCCAUCGUCCCGGUGUGAUUUUACGUCCUUGUUCAUUCUCUUAAUUACGAGCAGGCCCUCGCCUUUUAAAGCAUUUCUAUUGCCAGGUCCAUUACGGUCAUUCAGGAAUACCAAUACCCCAUAUAUAACGACCUCCCGUAAAAAGGAACAUUAACGUUUAAUUUCUCCAAUCUUCAAAAUCCGUCAACAUGAAGUACGCUACAGCUCUUUCGGUUGCCCUUGCGCCCCUGGCCAUCGCUAAAGCCGUUAACAACGUCUAUCCCCAAAAGAGGAACCACAAGCAGCAACUAGAAGAACUCGCUGGUCUUAAAGGCAAUGGUGAGACGAUCAACUUGGGCGUUUCGUUAGGACAGACAACUCAGGUUAUCGUGAUCUGGGCGAACCCCGGAAACAACGCUCAGACGACGACGCUGCACGAGCAAGUCACCGUAACUCAGACAGUCACUGCCGGCGCGCAAGCAACAGCGAUUGGAACCGAUACUCUUGCUGCCGGAGCUACUACCACAGCAGCUGCUGGUGCGGUAGCAACUCACACAGUCCAAGUCGGUGGUUCCGCCGGCUUGGUCUUCGUCCCCGAUCAAGUAAAGGCCAACGUCGGUGACAUGGUCAUCUUCGAGUUCAUGAGCAAUAACCACACUGCUACCCAGUCCACUUUCGCCGAGCCCUGCAAGGCCAUGGAGGGCGGUAUGGACUCCGGCUUCCAACCCAACCCCAACAACACCGUCAGCCCCCCUCCCAAGGUUGCCAUGCAAGUCAUGACGACCGACCCUCUAUGGUUCUACUGCAAGCAGCAGGGCCACUGCGGCAAGGGUAUGACUUUCUCGAUCAACCCCACCGCUGAGAAGUCGCAAGCCAUCUUCCAGGCCGCGGCUAUCCAGCAAAACGGUACAGGGGCCGGCAGCGCCAUCACUGGAAACGCCACCGAGACUGCUGUUGCCGCCCCCGCUGCCACUUCUUCAGGGGCUGUUGCCGCUCCAUCAGGCGUCACCCAAGGCACCGGUACCAUCGAAGGCGGUGCCUGCGUCUGCGCCGUCCAAUGCAGCACUGGUAGCUUCCCCGUGAACGCUGCCCAAGGCAUCGGUGCCUUCGGUGGUUUCGCAGGAGGUCUACCUGCGAGCAUGAUGGAGACUGUUUAAGCGGUGGGAACGGCGUCCGGGGAUUACGACUGAUGCCGCGGCUGUUGUUGGCGCGGAUCUGAGAUGUUCUGUAUAUCUGGGGGUUUUACCUGAAUGACUAGACUUCUUUUUUUUUUAUUGCCUGGCAUAGGGAUUCUUUGUUUUAAACAUAUGACUGGAUCGUAUAUUAUAGGUGCACUUAAUAGGUCAUCAGAUCAAGUAAAAAUACCAAUACUUAAUCCAAUGCCAUGAUAUGACCGCCUGUUCAAUGUGGAAAAUUAAUUCACUUGAGUGAACCAAAUAUGUAGCAGAUAUCACAUCGUGGGAACACUACGGAUUAAUGAUGAUGGUAUUCGUCAAGAAACGAUUGAGAAAAUCUAGACGCCCUUAUACGCCUAGAAUCCCGUCCGGUCGAAAAAAUAUUCGCCCUAUAUCCCUCCUAUACCUAAGGUAAGGUAUAUAAAUACGCCGUUCGCUAUGCUAGAAGUCCAUCUACUUUCCGCCAGCAGCUGCUGCGGCUGCCCUCUUCGCGUCGGCUAGAAAC